UAGUCGGUUAAUGAUAAUGAGAGCUGAAGAGCGAAAAAGUAUGAAACAAUUUGUUUCGUAAGUUUGAUGCUUUUCGAUGUUUUGAAAUUACGCAAAAAAUGAGAUGCUUUUGUCGCUCGCCUUAUGAAAGGUUGUGGAAUAUUUAAAAAAUUCAUAAAUUGUAAGUUUAAAUUUCAGCUUCAUUUCAAUAGUAAAUACUAAUAGAUAUGGGUAAAUCUGAACGCUAAAGAGCUCCAGCUUAUUUCAUGGUUUUUAGAAUUGUUUGUUUAAAGUUGAUGAAUUUGUUCCACAGAAAACAUCUUCAAAACGCGGAUAAGGAAUUUUCCAAAUGUGAAACUUAUGGGCUAUCAUACUACUUUGUCAUUUGCCGCCGAUUCUUAUGUUCAAAUGUGUACAUCCACGACAUAACAACAUAACAUGACAAAAGGCAUAAACAUAACGAGAACGAGAGAAAAACGCCUCUUAUGUCGUUAUGUCAGUUUUCAAGAACCAUUAUGUCUUGAUUCAAACAUUUUGCGCGUUUAUUCCACAAGAAUUUCGGCGCCGUGGCGCUCGCCGUCGCGCCAAAACCAAAAAGAAAACAAAGCCUGGUAAUGGCGGGGAUUUCUCUUUUCUCUGUGAAAAUAUGGGCCGGAACUACCGAGUUCGGAACUACCGACUACAUUCUUCCUGUCCUAAGUCCUGACGCCAUUGCUGUUCUAAUUCCGAUCUUAUGUCGAUAUGUGGUUAUGUUGUUUUAUUGUUAUUUUGAUAUGCAUUAUGUUGAUAUCUUGUUAUGUUCUAUGUUGUGUUCUAUGUUGAUAUGUCCUUAUUUUGCUAUAUGGUUAUGACGACGCUAUGUUGUCAUGUCGUUAUGUUUUUAUAUCCUUAUGUUGAUAUGUCCUUAUUUUGUUAUUUGGUUAUGACGACGCUAUGUUGUUAUGUCAAUAUGUUGAUAUGUUGUUGUAUCGUUAUGUUGAUAUGUCUCCUGUGUGCACCUGUGUGCAAAUCACUUCACCGGUGUUUGCGCCUUAAACGCAAUGGCUAUAUGCCCGACAGUCGGGAAAGGUCCUCAAUAAACUAAACGCAGAUUCGCUUGCUCUUUCUCAACAAAUAUAGAAUGCCUUUAUUUCACUAUAUUUUAUUUGAAUGAAAUUGAAAGGUGUCGGGCAUUAAGUCAAUUGCUAGGACCUUACCCCACUGUCGGGUAUAUUGCCACUGCGUUUUUCUAAAUAGGUGUAUUCUGAAAGAUAUGCGAAUAUCAAAAGGGAAAGACAGCUGAAGCCGCACGCCCACAAACUGUUAUUAGGUUGUGACAGGGUUUUUUACGUCGGUCUAUUUCCGUUAUUAUCUUCUAAUUAGAACGCCCACCAGACGCUUGUUAGUGUAAACAGAAGAUUAAAGUGGUGAAAAGCUACGAAAGCGACCUCGGCCUGUGUCUCAGGUGCCAGAGCCUGUGUGGGCGUCUGGGUCUGUUUUGAUUUUAUAUUUUAGGUAGUCAACACCCGUCUUAACGUCGGAAUAGUUUUCUCAAACACUUUUAGGUAGUCAACACCCGUCUUAACGUCGGAAUAGUUUUCUCAAACACUUUUAGGUAGUCAACACCCGUCUUAACGUCGGAAUAGUUUUCUCAAACACUUUUAGGUAGUCAACACCCGUCUUAACGUCGGAAUAGUUUUCUCAAACACUUUUAGGUAGUCAACACCCGUCUUAACGUCGGAAUAGUUUUCUCAAACACUUUUAGGUAGUCAACACCCGUCUUAACGUCGAAAUAGUUUUCUUAAACACUUUUAGGUAGUCAACACCCGUCUUAACGUCGGAUUAGUUUUCUCAAACACUUUUAGGUAGUCAACACCCGUCUUAACGUCGGAAUAGUUUUCUCAAACACUUUUAGGUAGUCAACACCCGUCUUAACGUCGGAAUAGUUUUCUCAAACACUUUUAGGUAGUCAACACCCGUCUUAACGUCGGAAUAGUUUUCUCAAACAAUUUUAGGUAGUCAACACCCGUCUUAACGUCGGAAUAGUUUUCUCAAACACUUUUAGGUAGUCAACACCCGUCUUAACGUCGAAAUAGUUUUCUUAAACACUUUUAGGUAGUCAACACCCGUCUUAACGUCGGAAUAGUUUUCUCAAACACUUUUAGGUAGUCAACACCCGUCUUAACGUCGGAAUAGUUUUCUCAAACACUUUUAGGUAGUCAACACCCGUCUUAACGUCGGAAUAGUUUUCUCAAACACUUUUAGGUAGUCAACACCCGUCUUAACGUCGGAAUAGUUUUCUCAAACACUUUUAGGUAGUCAACACCCGUCUUAACGUCGGAAUAGUUUUCUCAAACACUUUUAGGUAGUCAACACCCGUCUUAACGUCGAAAUAGUUUUCUUAAACACUUUUAGGUAGUCAACACCCGUCUUAACGUCGGAAUAGUUUUCUCAAACACUUUUAGGUAGUCAACACCCGUCUUAACGUCGGAAUAGUUUUCUCAAACACUUUUAGGUAGUCAACACCCGUCUUAACGUCGAAAUAGUUUUCUUAAACACUUUUAGGUAGUCAACACCCGUCUUAACGUCGAAAUAGUUUUCUUAAACACUUUUAGGUAGUCAACACCCGUCUUAACGUCGGAAUAGUUUUCUAAAACACUUUUAAGUAGUCAACACCCGUCUUAACGUCGGAAUAGUUUUCUCAAACACUUUUAAGUAGUCAACACCCGUCUUAACGUCGGAAUAGUUUUCUCAAGCACUUAAAAAAUCCGUCAUUUUAUAUUUUAUACAACGUCUUCAAAAACGUUAUUACAUAAAAGGCACGGGUUUGUCAGCUUAAAGUUUUCGUUUUGCACUAUGCGUUUAUUUUUCUCUAAAUUAGGUCUUGCGCGCGUUGACGUAAAAGGCGAGAGGUAGCGGUCUCAGAUCAAGGACGGUGGAGUCGGUAAAAUAGAGAAGGACAAAGUGGUAUAAAAGACAUUUCCUUCUCUACUCUGGGGCUUAAUCCUAUCCAUCUUUCUAGAAUGUGUGCUAGAACCUACUAGAAUGUACACUUGUACGCUUGGGUGCAGUGUUUGGGCGUGAUUCCUGUUUACUACAGCCUCAUCCAACUUGACACUGGAAUAAACACGAAAUAAUCCGCUCGCUUCAGCUUGUGAUCUUUGUCUAACUGCUCCGUGAGCCUGCAAGUUUGUCGCGUGCAUCGUACGCGCGCCCUCAUCACAAUGAACACCACAUUAGAAGCAAUCCGCUCUGUCCAGCUCGCCAUCAUCGUGCCGAUAAACCUACUCGGUAAUGGGGCCGUUUGCGGCGUGGUCGCACGCACUCCCUCUAUGCAAACACACAUGAACUAUCUCCUCGUAAACCUCGCUAUCAGUGAUAUGAUGGUAGCCGUCUUCAUGACCCUCGAUCAGGUGUUUUUACAUGGAGUAGCUACCCAUCCCGCGGGUAUCGCGGGCGACUACGUGUGCAAGUUCGUUACGGGCAAGCUACUCUCAUGGGUGGGGUCAGUCGCAUCUGUGUUCACAAUGACAGCAGUGGGCUUUGAGAGAUUCUACGCGAUAGUGCACCCGCUUAGCAACCGUGGGCGCAUAACAAAGAGGGUGUUUUGGCGGGUAAUUAUUGCAUGCUGGGUAUUCGCGUGCUGUUUCAACAUCCCUUUAGUGUUGGUUAGGGUGUAUAAUACGGAGCAGGCCAGAACGGGUUACCUGUGUCGGAGCAACUGGCCUAACGUCAUGCUUGCGAUUGCGUACAACAUCGCCUGGUUACUCUUCCUCGGGGUCAUCCCGCUAGGAAUUAUGGGGUACUUGUAUAGCAGUAUUGUUAAGACGUUGUGGUUUAGCGGCAAAACGCAUGAAGGCGAGGCCACUCAGCAAGUUCGCUUAAAAGCCCGCCAGCGUGUCACGAAAAUGCUAAUUAUUAUUUCCGCCAUAUAUGGACUGUGCUGGUUACCAAACCUCCUCAUUAGUGUUGCUUCGUAUUUUGUUGACGAUGGGAACCCUGCGGUUUUGUCAUACGGGUAUCUGAUAACGGAAGUACUGGUAUUGAUCAACAGCAGCAUCAACCCUUUUGUGUACAGCAUCCAAAGCCAGAAGUUUCGCAACGGCGUAAGAGCCCUCGUGUGCUGCAGGGGUAGUCAGCGGAUACACGCGAAAGAAGAGACUGCAGAGGGAAGCAAAAUGUGCAACAAUAACAAGUGUGUAGAGACCAACCUUAAAGACAUAUCAGCAUGCAGCAGUUAUAGAGACAAGGGGGUAGACACCAGUCUUAAAGACAUAGCAUAAUAAUGCUCAAGGCAGUCUUCUACUGACGUCUUAAAUUAGAGCAUAUGGUAAUAUUUGACAAUUAAUUGGCAUUGGGCUAAAGAAUGAAGGGGCUUCAGACCCUCCACGCCCUCCACGCCCUCCACGCCCUCCAGCUCCCACGCCAACUGAAUGUUAUAAUUGCUUUAUUUUUUGUUGUGAACUAAAAAUAAUUUAUUGGACUUAUUGCAUAGUCUAUGUAAACCUUAAGACAUUUUGCAUAUCAAUAAGUCUUAAGGUUUACAUGGACUAUGCAAUCAAAGCUAUAUUAUUUGUUAAUGCUUUUCAUUCACAGCAAUACAAGUUUUUGAUAAUUUUUUUUUCCAUAAGUGAAAAGAUUGGAUUCUAAAUUUGGAAUAAGUUUUUCGUUUUUUAUCACCAAGCACCAAGCUGAAUAAUAGUUUGCUUCUUAUCGCCUGCCAGCUGCGUGAUUAGUAAUAGUUUGCUACUUAUCGCCUGCUAGCUAAUGAUUAGUGAUAGUUUGCUACUUAUCGCCUGCUAGCUGCUGAUUAGUGAAAGUUUGCUACUUAUCACCUGCUAGCUGAAUACCAGUUUGCUACUUAUCGCCUGCUAGCUGAAUAAUAGUUAGCUACUUAUCGCCUGCUAGCUGCGUGAUUCUCAAAAUAAAGCGCGUGCUCUUAGCCAAUCAGAAUCGACAUAAUAAUAAGGCAAUUUAUUCUAAAAAGAGACCCUGAUAAAAAAUAAUAUUUGAUGUGUAUGCUGGUGACCUGUUAAACAAAAUAAUGGGCCUUUUUUGCUAACAAAAGCUUAUUUCUAGUUUACUGAUCUAUUCCUAGUUCAAAAAUCUAUGGUUAUGUUUUCCAUAAUGCAGUUUCAACGUAAUGACAAAGAAAAAAAAUAAUUAAAAAAACUCCACAAAUAAA